AAACAUCUCGUCAGCUCGCAAAUUCUGCUCCUCAGCUGCCAUUUUCUCGGCGCAUCCACCGCAAUCUUCGAACUCAAAGCCAGUAAAAUAUUUCAGCGACGAGUAGCUCUCCUAUCGAAGCUUAUUCGCCACUUAGUACGAAACUUCAGCAACAAGAUAAGAGGCGUUUUCCCGUUCGGCUCGCCGCACUACUAGUUUCUCAAUGGCACGGAAUUCAGCUGCGUCUCUCGUGAUCUUCGCACUCUUCGCCACAGCACUUUUCGCACUACAAACCGAGGCGAGGUUCCUACCCAGCGGCGUUCUUCCCACAAAUCGCCUUCCAGCCGCCCUCAAGCCAUCCAGCGCAGCCGCGGCGCUAAAAUCCAACCUCACAGCGUCCCUGAACUCCAGCCUCGCGGAUCUUGAGUCGUCGUUGCAAGGCCAAGUCGCGUCCCUCGACGCGGCUCUCAAGGGCCGCCUCGAGCAGGUCGCGGCGAGCCUCAACGGCAACGCGUCAGCCGCCGAUGCCGCCCUCCAGGCGCAGAUAUCCACGCUAAAAGCCAACCUCGCUACGCUCAACAGCACCCUCGCCGAUCUCAACGCCACGCUGAAGUCAAAUCUCAUCUCAGCGGCGAAUAUCUCAGCUGCCAACAUCACAUCAGCCCUUAACGCUCACCUCAACGCUCAGAUCGGGGCGAUCAAAUCCAACAUUUCCGCCAUCAGGGCGAGCGUCGACGUGCUCAACAAGGACCUGGCGGGAAUAGUCGGCGCGGGGGUUGCUGCCAGGCCUUCUGGGGUUAUUUCCGCCAGCGUCUCCUCUGCUGCAGCGAUCCGCGCGCUGGUGAGGCAGCGGCUGUCGAGGAGAAUGGGCGCAGUGACGCAGCGGAUCGCGGGGGUCAACGCGAACGUGUCGGCCGUCACACGCGCUCUCUACAGCGUGAUCAACGGCGCUCUUAACGCGACUCUUAGCGGCGCUGCUAGCAGCACUGUCAGCGAUGCUCUCAACGCCGUUUUGAACGGCAGCCUGGCGUCGGGUGCUGCGAGCCUGCUGCCCCAGCAGGAGGGCAUGCUGCGGGGGGCGCUCACUUCGUGCAACGGACUGCAGACCCUUCAGGCUGGCGCCGCCAACGUCCAGAUCCUCAAGACUGGCUCCAGCUACAUUGUCUCCUACUACCUCUACGCAGCGGGCAUCAGCGAGGCUCCUCAGACCCAGGCCAUCUACAAGGGCAGCCCCUGCAGCAGCACCGACGCCACCGUGGCGCUGAGCCUUCCUGGCACAUGGCAGCUCAUGACACUUUUCGCACUACAAACCGAGGCGAGGUUCCUACCCAGCGGCGUUCUUCCCACAAAUCGCCUUCCAGCCGCCCUCAAGCCAUCCAGCGCAGCCGCGGCGCUAAAAUCCAACCUCACAGCGUCCCUGAACUCCAGCCUCGCGGAUCUUGAGUCGUCGUUGCAAGGCCAAGUCGCGUCCCUCGACGCGGCUCUCAAGGGCCGCCUCGAGCAGGUCGCGGCGAGCCUCAACGGCAACGCGUCAGCCGCCGAUGCCGCCCUCCAGGCGCAGAUAUCCACGCUAAAAGCCAACCUCGCUACGCUCAACAGCACCCUCGCCGAUCUCAACGCCACGCUGAAGUCAAAUCUCAUCUCAGCGGCGAAUAUCUCAGCUGCCAACAUCACAUCAGCCCUUAACGCUCACCUCAACGCUCAGAUCGGGGCGAUCAAAUCCAACAUUUCCGCCAUCAGGGCGAGCGUCGACGUGCUCAACAAGGACCUGGCGGGAAUAGUCGGCGCGGGGGUUGCUGCCAGGCCUUCUGGGGUUAUUUCCGCCAGCGUCUCCUCUGCUGCAGCGAUCCGCGCGCUGGUGAGGCAGCGGCUGUCGAGGAGAAUGGGCGCAGUGACGCAGCGGAUCGCGGGGGUCAACGCGAACGUGUCGGCCGUCACACGCGCUCUCUACAGCGUGAUCAACGGCGCUCUUAACGCGACUCUUAGCGGCGCUGCUAGCAGCACUGUCAGCGAUGCUCUCAACGCCGUUUUGAACGGCAGCCUGGCGUCGGGUGCUGCGAGCCUGCUGCCCCAGCAGGCGGGCAUGCUGCGGGGGGCGCUCACUUCGUGCAACGGACUGCAGACCCUUCAGGCUGGCGCCGCCAACGUCCAGAUCCUCAAGACUGGCUCCAGCUACAUUGUCUCCUACUACCUCUACGCAGCGGGCAUCAGCGAGGCUCCUCAGACCCAGGCCAUCUACAAGGGCAGCCCCUGCAGCAGCACCGACGCCACCGUGGCGCUGAGCCUUCCUGGCACAUGGCAGCUCAUGAGUGCUGCAUCCUGGUCCCUGGCCAAUGUUGUGAGCGUGUCGGCUGCUGACGUGGCGGAUGUGCUGGCGUCCCUCCAGGAGAUCACGAAUGACAACCUGUACCUGGGGUUCUCUGGGAGUGAUGGUGUGCUUUCAGGAAAGAUGAUUGGUGGGAAGUUCUAAGUUCCGUAGCUUUAUAGGGAUGAUGGUGGUAGGAACAUUACAGAUGCAACAACAGCCAUGACUGACGCAUUUCUAAGGUAGUAGCCUAGAGAAGGGUUGCAUCUCCAAUGUUCCAGCCAGCAUGUAGAAUGACCAGGCACAGGUAGGUAGCGUGUAAAGAUACUUGCGGUGCUGUAGCUGGUCCUACAGUAAUUCAUGCGCUAUAGUUUGCGGUUUACUAUUGGAGUCUAUAUUGGGCUAUCUCUCUGGUUUAU